AUGGUCGAUCUGGAGUCCGGCCAGUUACCGGCCGGCACAACGUCGACUGCAUUCUUAGGACUGGACGAUGAGCAAUUGGCCAGCCGUUCAGUCCGUAGUAGCGACUCAGCUACGGUUGAGGGUGUUGGCAUUGCUGGAGGCCAUGCUCCGGAUGACGCCAUGGUCGACAUGAAUUCCGGAGAAGUCGACAACGAAAAGCUUCCCGCAGAAGACGGCAACAACACCGAUGGCUCCAAUGCCCUGCCGCUGACCGUUGAUGCCGAGGGCAAUCCUGUCGUCUGGGACUGGGCCACUGAUCCGGCAAACCCCUAUAACUGGUCCAAGGGCCGCAAGUGGGCACAAGUGGCCAGCUUUGCAAGCGUCGGUUUCACAACCUCCGUCGGCACCUCCAUCAUGAGCCCUGCUCACACCGAUCUCAUGCUUGAGUUUGGCGUCAGCAGUACCGCUGCUAUUCUGCCGCUGACGUUUUAUGUUUUGGCACUCGGCAUUGGUCCCGUCGUCAUUGGUGGGCCCUUGUCCGAGCUUGUCGGCCGUCACCGUAUCCUACUGUUCGGGAACCCCAUCGGCCUACUCUUCACAGUGGGUGCUGCUCUUGUCCCUACAUCGUCCCUCGCCGGUCUAUGCGCCCUGCGCUUCUUCGCCGGCUUUGCCCUGUCGCCCAGUCUGGCUAUCGCCUCGGGCGUGCUCACCGAGACGUUCCGCCCUGUUGAGCGCGGUCUUCCUGUGGCCUGUUUCAUCGUGACACCCUUCCUGGGUCCCGGCAUGGGUCCUGUCCUCGGUGCCUUUGCAACCCGUAAAGGCUGGCGCUGGACUGAGUGGACCAUUGUCUUCUUUGCCGCAUUCUCCAUGCUCGUAACGAUUGCGUUCGGUCGCGAAACCUACCACCCGGUCCUCAAGCGCUGCCGCGCCAAGGAGCUCGGCAUUGCUCUUCCCGCCGAGGACCGUCGUCCCCACAUAACCUGGCCGCAGCGCAUCCACGGUUUCCUCACUGUCGGCCUCAUCCGCCCCCUGCACAUGCUGGUCGCCGAGCCCAUCGUUGGCCUAUCAUGCCUCUAUGUGGCCUGCGAGUUUGCCACUCUCUUCAGCUUCUUCGCCGCUGUGCCCUAUGUCUUCCAAGUCAAGUACGGCUUCGGCCGUGAAGAGAGCGGUCUCGUCUUUGUCAGCAUCAUCGUUGGCUCCGUUCUGGGUCUGCUCACCGUGAUUCUGACGGACGUCUUCAUAUAUAAGAAGCGCCAGGUACCGCGCUUCCACCCGAACUCGCCGCCGCCCGAGCACCGCCUGUACGCUGCCAUGAUUGGCAGUUUCGGCCUGCCGAUCGGCCUUUUCUGGUUCGGCUGGUCUGGCUACCACCGUGCCCACUGGAUCAGCACCGUUCUCGCCAUUGUGCCGUUUGCAUGGGGCAACAUCUGCAUCUUUAUCAGCCUUAUGCAGUAUAUGGGCGACACCUUCACCGGCUCCAUUGUCGCCAGCAGCGCCAGCGCCAACAGUCUGGCCCGCUACUCGCUUGCCAGUGUCUUCCCGCUCUUCACAAUCCAGAUGUAUGAGAAGCUCGGCAUCAACUGGGCAAGCAGUCUUCUGGGGUUUGUCGCUAUCGCGCUCCUUCCAGUACCGUGGCUGUUCUUCAAGUUCGGAGAGCGCAUUCGCGCACACAGCCGGUACACGUAG